AUGAAGCAUUAUAUGCAGUCAAUAAGUCUCUCUGCGACAGGCUAUUUCAGGGGAUUUGACAGUGAAAUGAAUUGGGAAAAAGGAGAGGGUAACCCAGCUCAAUACUUUGUAUAUGGAGUUGCUUGUUCUGAGGUCGAAAUAGAUUGCCUGACCGGAGAUCACAAGAAUCUCCGCACAGAUAUGGUUAUGGAUGUUGGAUGCAGUAUUAACCCAGCUGUGGACAUAGGACAGAUUGAAGGUGCUUUUGUUCAAGGGCUUGGACUUUUCACAAUUGAAGAACUUAAGUUCUCUCCUCAAGGCAUACUGUACAGUCGAGGUCCGGCUCAGUAUAAGAUUCCAACUGUUUAUGAUGUCCCAGAACAGUUCUACGUUUCCCUUGCUCACCAUGUUCCAAACCCUCGUGCCAUAUACUCUUCUAAGGGUGUUGGAGAACCAUCGUUGUUCUUGGGUUCAUCUAUAUAUUUUGCUAUAAAAGAUGCUAUAGCAUACGCUCGAAAAGAGAGAGGGCUGUCCGAGCUCUUCACUAUGAACAGUCCAGCUACCCCAGAGAAGAUAAGAAUGGCUUGUGGAGAUCGGUUCACCAAUAUGAUUCCAAGAGAUGCGCCUGGCACCUAUGUCCCUUGGGCCAUCACUACUGUGGACAGUCUGGAUGACCCAGAGGACUCUGAGACGGGAGAAAGUGACACUCCGGCAGUAUUUUCCCCGGCAAGUAGUCCUGCCCCAAUACCAGCUGAGGAGCCUGACCAGCCAUCACUGGCCCAGCCCACCCUAUCACCGCGGAGCCCAGAAAGAGUCCAGCAGCUGCAGCCCAGGAGUCGCCGCAAUGUCCCUCACUCUUCCUCUGGGCAACCGACUCAGGAGAUGAUCGAUGCCCGAGUCAUUAAAUUCCUUGCCCAGAGGAGGAAUAAUGGCAUAGAAGGAGGGGCCUUGCUACUUUAUUGA